UCCACAACGCCCAAUUAAGUAUAUUUUCUUCUGAGAAUUAAUCCCCACCUCUCUGUCCAUGUAUUAUGCAUGGUUCCUUUUCGUACUAACCACUUCCAGUCACUGCUAUUUUAGUUGGGCGUAGGUAGCACAGUUGUAGGUUGAGGUUGGUUAACAAUAUAAAAAUACCCAAAAGCUGAAAAAGGUGGGCAACAGCAGAGGGAGGGAAUAACUUGGGGUUGUGUGCACCGUCAGAGCAGUUAAGUGCAAGAAAGCUAAGCUUCAUUCACAAUAUCUUAGCUUUCAAUGCAUCAAAGCCUAGGGUGGUUAAGUUAAGAACACAAUAUUCCUCUUCUUCAGCCAUGAACGAGUUGGGUUUGUUAUAUAUUACAAUAAAAAGAGCCAAACUGGUUCUUGACAUUGUGAACCACAAUGAUUUCUAGGAUUCUCAUGUGCACAGCUGUGGUUGCAGCUACUGUGGCAGUUAUCCUUCUCUCUGUGUUUAAACCAGGAGGUAGCAAAGGAACCCAUCAACCCAAACCUAGCCCUAACAACCCCAUUAGCUCCAAUCAACCAGCUAUUAUAACCUUGUAUGUCCAACCAGCCCCACCAGGCUCCAGUGUUAAUGCAGACACCAAGCUUGAUCCCUCUGCAAUCCAAAUAGCUGUAUUUGAUCAGCCCUUGACAGAGGGCCCUGAGAACACUUCCAAAGUGAUAGGAAGAGCACAGGGUUUCAUGCUGCCCACAAGCCUCUUUGCCACCUCUGCCUUCAAUGUCUUCAACCUUAAUAUCAAUACUUCUGAAUACAAGGGCAGUGUGAGUAUUCAAGGGAAGCAGCACAAGCAUCAGCAGGAGAGAGAAGAGCUGCCUGUUGUGGGAGGAACAGGGUACUUUGCUUUUGCAACUGGGUUUGCUGUUUUUACUCUCCCUAAUGUAGAUUCUGCUCAUCAUGGUGCUUCCAAGCCUCUUUACCAUGUCAAGCUGCACCUACGCUACAGAGACGGGGAAUAGUAUCAUUUAGCUGCUUCUAGAUUCAAUUGUGUAUAUUUUUUGCAUGAACGGUUUAGAUCAUUUUUAUUAUAUAUCAUUUAGCUUUGUAUAUCUUUUUGUAUGAACAUUUUAGAUCAUACAUGAUCAUUAUCAAUGUUAGAGAGUGUUAAAAGAUGUAUA